CCUCAGCCUGCAGGAACAGUCCAGCUGCAACUCUCAGAGCGGAGAGGCACGUCCACGCUGAGCUCUGAAUGGACCUUUGACUUCUGUCUGCAUUUCAACAAUCCAGAAUCCAGAACCCAGACCACAUGAAGACCAGGAAGGAAGCCGAGGAGAUGUCGGGGGUCACUGUGACCCCUUUGGCUGAAGACGCUCCAUCCAGCGGGAGGUCCAAGAAUGGAUAUGUUUUCCAAGCGAUGGAUCUGCAGGAUGGAGAACAGGAGGAUUGUGGGAAAGAUUCUCCAAUCACCAACAAGGACCACAUCUAUGACAGCCAGCUCCAGAUCAGUGUCUCCGAUGCUGACGACCCGGGGUUCGGCCUUUUAAACACGACAAGAAAAUAUGUGAAGCCGAUGAACUUCCAGGAGGAGGUGCGUGCCCACAGGGACCUGGACAGCUUCCUGGCCCAGGCGAGCAUCCUUCUGGAUGAGAAAGCUGCCACUCUGGACGAGGUCCUGAGGCGGAUGCUGAGUCGUGUGGCGGAGGACAGCCAUGAGAGUUGUGACGAGGACGAGGUCAUGAACUCUCUGUUCACUGACGCAGGAGGAAAGGAGUGUAACGUUCACCUUCUGUCUGAGACCAUUCAGGGCGUGACUUCCACUUCCACUGGCGUUCGUUAUCAGCAGUCCUGGCUCUGUAUUCUCUCCAAUGUGAGGAGUCUGCAGAGACGUCAUGUCUGCAUCGCCCGUCUGGAGAGGACGCAGAACUGGGGCGUCAACUGCUGUGAGGCUCGCUACGUGAUCCUCAUCUUGGCCCCGCCCAGAACGAAAAGCACCAAGACGGCGAUCGAACUGGGUAGAACGUUUUCCACUAUGUUCUCCGACAUUUCCUUCAGACAGAAGCUUCUGGAAGCAAAGACUCAGGACGAGUUCAAACAGGAGCUGGUGUUCCAGCGACAGCAGCUCUCCACCGCCAACGACAAGCCGGUUGUAGAGGAAGUGGAGGACUCGGAUCCCCGAAGAGGGAAACCAAUUGAGUGCAUAGAGUUCUUUAAGUUUGGUAAAGGGGUUUACAGUGACCUCCGCCGCAGACUGCCCCUCUACCCGUCAGACUUCACAGAUGGUAUAAUGGGGAAGGACCGCUGUCUGCUGAAGUACACCACCACGGCUAUCUUCCUCUACAUCGCCAUCCUGCUGCCCGCCAUCGCCUUUGGCUCGCUGAACGACGAGAGCACGAGAGGAGAGAUCGAUGUUCAGAAGACCAUCGUCGGCCAGAGCAUCGGAGGAGUGAUUUAUUCUUUGUUUGCCGGCUCACCGCUCGUCAUCCCCCUGACCACAGCACCUCUAGCUAUCUUCAUAAGUGUCAUCAGAGGCAUCUGUGACGACUACGACCUCGACUUUGACGCUUUCUACGCCUGCAUCGGUCUGUGGAACAGUCUGUUCCUCAUCCUCGGAGGCCUGUUCAAUGUCAGCCUGCUGAUGAAACUGUUCAAACGCUCAACAGAAGAAGUCAUCGCAUUGUUCAUCUCUGUAGCGUUUGUCGGGGAUGCUGUGAAAGGCACCAUUAAAAUUUUUCAGCACUACUACCACGGACCCGUGCUGACCACCACCAACAGCACGGUGGUGCUCCAGCAGAUCGCUGAGAUCCUGGAGAAGGCAAACAACCAAACUGAGAACAAAAUCAAGCCUCUAAACGAGACGGCGUUGGUGCUGGGACAUUUAGAGAGUCAUGUUAAUGUCUUCCUGCCCGAGACUCUGGUGGUGUGCACCAGAGAAAGACCCGUCCUCUGUCUGCUGCUCAUGUUGGGGACUUUGUGGUUCGGUUACGCCCUCUACAUCAUCAAGAGAAGCCCGUACCUGAACUGCAGAGUCAGAGAGGUUGUGUCUGACUGUGCUCUGCCCAUCUCCGUGGUGAUAUUCUCCUUCAUCGGCUCUUACCUGUUCCUCGACAUUCAGCUUCCUGUGUUCAGUGUCCACGACGGGCCCAUCUUCAACUUCCCUCCCUUCGAGAGGCUGUCUGGCAUGAACACGCUGAGCGCCGUCGGUCUGGGUUUCCUCCUUGCAUUGCUCAUCUUUAUCGACCAGAACAUCGUCAUCUCUCUCACACACGUUCCAGAACACAAGCUGCUCAAAGGAACAGCGUUCCACUGGGACUUAAUGCUGACUGGAUUCAUCAACAUCCUCAUGUCCUGUCUGGGGUUACCAUGGAUGCACGCUGCCUUCCCACAUUCCUCCCUACACGCCCGGCAGCUGGCCAAGGUGGAACAGCACGUCGAGAACGGACACGUCUACACGACGAUCGUCAGCGUGAAGGAGCAGCGUCUGACCUCUCUGGUGGCGAACAUCCUGAUUGGUUUGUCUGCGUUCAUGCUGCCCCUCCCCCUGCAGUGGAUCCCAAAGCCCGUCCUCUACGGCCUCUUCCUUUACAUCGCAGCCACGUCGCUCGAUGGGAACCAGAUGGUGGACCGCAUGGCGCUGCUGCUGAAGGAACAGACCUCGUAUCCUCCCACACACUACAUCCGCCGUGUGCCUCAAAGGAAGGUCCACUACUUCACGGGUCUGCAGAUGAUCCAGCUGAUCGUCCUGUGUGCGUUUGGGAUGUAUCCUCUGCCCUACAUGAAGAUGGUCUUCCCUCUGUUGAUGAUCCUGCUCGUACCUAUCAGGACCAGCCUGCUUCCCAGAAUGAUUGACGCCAAGUACCUCGACAUCAUGGACUCCCAGCACAUGUAGAACAGUGCCCUUUUCUCCAGCUGGAAGGGGAACAGACUCACCACUCAGCGAUUGUGUUACUUUACAAACUAAAGGCAUUUUGGACAGCAAGAAUUCACCGAACUCUGCCCCCUGCUGGUGACUGGACGACUGCCCGCGCAGCUUAUUUACUUUCUCCUCGUUCACCAAACAGGAAGCGUCUUUUUGUUAUUUAACAUUCCUCCAAUGAUCAUGUAGUUUUAUUAUUAAACACACAGAUCUGUGCAGUGUGGUCUUCACGUUGGUUUCAUAAAGCACGCUGAAGCCAGAUGGUCCAGAUGUUUAGAUAAAAAAAACUGCUGCUUGUCUUGUGAGGAGAACGAUAACAUGAUGAUAAUGUAAGUAUGAAGGUGAUUUGUUCUGUUGUGAUUGAAUCAAACUGUUCUUAAAUAAAGCCCUUUAGUGGAACUGAA